AUGGCCAUCACCAGCUCUAAUGGUAGUAGUAAUAAACAGCUUCAUGUGGUCAUGUUCCCAUGGCUUGCUUUCGGCCACAUCAUCCCUUUCCUUGAACUUUCCAAAUUUGUAGCUGAAAAAGGUCACAGAGUCUCUUUUCUUUCCACCACUCGGAACAUCCAACGUGUCCAACCUUCCCACCAUCUCUCACCACUCAUAACAUUGGUUUCCCUCACACUUCCACCGGUUCACCACCUCCCUCCCAAUGCAGAGGCCACCAUGGACGUCCCAACCCAAGAUAUUCCACACCUCAAAAAGGCCUACGAUGGUCUUCAACACCAGCUCACUCGGUUUCUUGAGGAAGAAUCUCCAGAUUGGAUUAUCUAUGAUUUUGCUCCUUAUUGGUUGCCGCCGGUUGCCGCUGCCCUUGGCAUCUCACGAGCCUUCUUCUCGAUAAUCAAUGCCUGGUUCCUCGUAUUUACGGGAGGGUCGCUGGAGGACUUGAUAAAUGGUUCCGAUGAUCGCAAAACGGUGGAGGAUUUUACGAAGCCACCCAAGUGGGUUCCCUUCCCUUCGAAAGUUUGCUACAGAAAGCAUGAGGUCAACUGGAUGCUGGAUAGCAGCAGUUCUCUUAAUGCUUCUGAGGUUUCAGAUACAUAUCGUUGCGGAAUGAUCUAUCAGGGGUCCGAUUGUGUGUUUAUAAGACAUUGCAACGAAUUUGAACCCCAAUGGUUAACCCUUUUAGAGGAGUUUUACCACCUCCCGGUGAUCCCCGUGGGGUUAAUGCCACCGGCAACAGCCACCAACGUCGGAGAUGAGAAAGAUGACGCAUGGCUGACCAUCAAGAACUGGUUGGAUGGUCAAGAAAAAGGUCAAAUGGUGUACAUAGCAUUAGGGAGUGAGGUUAUGCUGAACAAAACCGAACUGGGUGAGUUAGCGCUGGGCCUGGAGCUUUCGGGGUUGCCAUUUUUUUGGGCUCUGAGAAAGCCAGCAGGUUCCACGGAGUCAGAAUCGUUGGAGUUUCUGGACGGGUUCAUAGAGCGAACCCGUAACCGUGGAAUGGUGUGGAAGAAGUGGGUGCCUCAGUUACAGAUACUGAGCCAUGUGUCGGUAGGCGGUUUCCUGACACACUGUGGAUGGGGAUCCAUUGUUGAAGGACUGACGUUUGGUCACCCUCUGAUAAUGCUUCCAUUUCUGGUGGACCAAGGUCCGAAUGCCAGAGUACUGGCUGAAAAACAAGUGGGAAUGGAGGUCCCAAGAGACGAUGAAGAUGGGUCGUUCACCAAGGAGGCAGUGGCGAAGUCAGUGAGGUUGGUGGUGGUGGAAGAUGAAGGGAAGAUGUACAAGGCAAAGGCAAUGGAGCUGAGUCGCAUAUUCGGCGAUACGAAGCUACAGAAAAAAUAUGCAGAUGAGUUCGUAGAGUAUUUGGAGAAGCAGAGGAGUACUUGCAUGGAUGGUUAAUAUGGGAGUAUCUUGUUUGUUCUUUCCAGUUCCAACUGUGUUUC